AGUUUCCCUUGCGGUCUGAAGAUUAAUGGAAGGGGGGUCUGUUGAUUUUAGUAAUCGACUAUCAGAUGAUCGGUCCCAUCGCGCUUGACGGCUGCGUUAGGAAUGAAUGGAGGGAGAUCCAUUUGACAUAAGCACCAGCGGAGAGAACCAGUAGCCCGGACGGCCCUCCUGUUCCCCGGGUCUCAGCUGAAGAGGCCUGACUACAAGAGAUAGCACCCGGGUAGGUCAGGCCAGGAUACGACUGCGAGGGACGCUGCGAGCUACCGCCAGCUCCCCGGUGGACCCACGGAGAACCCGGGACUCGACGAUCCCUCAGGGUCCCGACCGGAUUCUGGAUCCACGAAGCCGUAUCUGGAAGCAGGGGACAGUCGAGUGCCGCCUUGACCUGCCGGUGCUCGCCUGGAAAUCCACAAGCUAAGCGCUAACCAAGCUAACAUCCACUGGUUAUCUCGGCUAGCAGCAGUGCUAGCCUAGCUAGCUAGCUUCAAAGCGUCAGUUUUAGCUGCGGACUUGGAUCUACCCUGCUGGGCUGGAGGUUGUCUCUCCUCGACGUGGGGGAAAGCAUUGUGGAAGAAACACAUUCGCACCCAUCGGUCAAUAAUGGUAGAUGUUAGCUAGUGGCUAGCUGUCAGCUUUCAUUGAGACUGUCGACUGCGCUAGGAGGUGUUAGCAUCGCUCCUCCACGACUUGUCCAGGAGAAGUCAGCCCGGACCCAGGGGCUCCACCAGCGGCCUGCCACCAUGGGCAACACGCCCACCGCGAAGAAGGGCAAUGAGAUGGAGAGCGUGAAGGAGUUUCUUGCCAAAGCCAAAGAAGAUUUCUUGAAGAAAUGGGAGAAUCCAGCUCAGCAAACUGCGGCAUUGGACCAAUUUGAGCGUUUGAAGACCUUAGGCACUGGUUCGUUCGGUCGAGUCAUGCUGGUUAAACACAAAGAGUCGGGCCAGCAUUUUGCCAUGAAAAUACUUGAUAAACAGAAGGUAGUGAAGCUGAAGCAGAUAGAGCACACACUGAACGAGAAACGUAUCUUGCAGGCGGUCAGCUUUCCCUUCCUGGUGCGACUGGAGCACUCUUUUAAGGACAACAGUAAUCUGUAUAUGAUAAUGGAGUAUGUACCCGGGGGUGAAAUGUUCUCACACUUAAGGAGAAUUGGUAGAUUCAGUGAACCACACGCCCGCUUCUACGCAGCCCAGAUUGUACUGACCUUCGAAUACCUUCACUCACUGGAUCUCAUCUACCGAGAUCUGAAGCCGGAGAACCUGCUCAUCGACCACCAAGGUUACAUACAGGUAACAGAUUUUGGAUUCGCGAAAAGGGUGAAGGGCCGAACCUGGACGCUUUGCGGGACCCCGGAGUACCUGGCACCGGAGAUCAUCCUCAGUAAGGGUUACAAUAAAGCAGUGGACUGGUGGGCCCUGGGCGUGCUGAUAUAUGAGAUGGCUGCUGGUUACCCCCCCUUCUUUGCCGACCAGCCUAUUCAAAUUUACGAGAAGAUUGUAUCAGGGAAGGUUCGCUUUCCCUCUCACUUCAGCUCAGACCUGAAGGACCUGCUGAGAAAUUUGCUUCAGGUGGACCUGACCAAGCGCUUUGGAAACCUCAGGAAUGGAGUCAACGAUAUCAAGGGCCACAAGUGGUUUGCCACCACUGAUUGGAUAGCCAUCUACCAGAGGAAGGUGGAAGCUCCCUUCAUCCCUAAGUGCAAAGGCCCCGGCGACACGAGCAACUUCGACGACUACGAGGAAGAGGAAAUCCGAGUCUCCUUCACAGAGAAGUGUGCAAAGGAGUUUUCUGAGUUCUAGAUUCCAACCAUGAGUAGCAGAGAGAGAGAGAACGAGUGAGAGAACGAGUGAGAGAGAGACAGGCAUUGAGAAGGUAAACGGGGGUCUGGAGACAGGAAGCGCUAGGGUGGACUGCUAACUUGCUUAUUUGUUAUGACGACAACAAUGUAAAAUCCCCCCCCCCCCCCCAGUGGAAAUGUAGGCAAAGUGAAGAAAGAUCCAGCAGAACCAGCAGUGUUGCCUUUUCUGAUUGUUUCUCAACUGUUACCGAUUUGUUUUAUUUAUCCCUCUUGUGUUUGUGGGCGGGGCUGGAGGAGAACAGUGAGAGGUGGAGACUUCUGAUUGGUUAAUGACACGUUUCAAGUCUUUGCAGGUUGAGGCAUUGGUUUUUCUGUUAAGGUACUGAAUCUGCUAUAGGCUCCUCCCCCUCCCAUACCCCCCCUGAACAGGCCCUCUCUUCAAGCUUCUCAAGGAGCGAUUGUUGUAUCUCUUCCCCACCCCGUCCCCCCCCACUCCAUCUCUCCAUUUUGAAUCUGUCCAAGCAAUACCAAGUCCAACAGAUGUGCCUAUCAUAAUGCCAACUGGUUGGAAACCUGCGUGGAAGCAUUGGUGCAGAGCUGUGGCUGCGGUGGUUCACGGGUUGAAACUCUCUGCGCCGGCCUUCGUCUGCUCCGUGUGAUUAUUGGGUAGAUGAUGAUGAUGAUGAUGAUGAUGAUGAUGAUGAUGCGCUCACUGCUCGCAGCUGAAGCAGUGGGGAUCUCUGUGAUCAGCGAGAUCAUGAUUUAUCACAGUAAACUUCAUCAGGGUCUUACUGCUUUCCGGGGACCUGUACGAGAUGGUAAACAUGAGGUCUGCAUUUAAAUCUGUCUUUCUCUUAGCUGAAUUUAUUAGAGCAUUUAAAAGAAAAUCCUAUUGGUGAUCAUUUUGUCCUUUUUUUGUCAAUCUCUGUGCUUGUGUGUUAUUUAGUGCUCAAGGGUGGGUUAAAAAGCUGUGAUUUAGCAGCAACUAACAUUGUGGUCACACUCCUGACUAUUGUUUAUUUAAUUCAUAGUACAUUUAUACAUCAUAUAUAUAUAUAUAUCUCUAUAUAUAUAUAUGAUAGAAAACAUGAAAAAUCCAUCUUUUUCAACAUUGUCUCAUAGCUGUGAAACUGAAUUAAGAAUUUCAUUAAUAAACAAAUAUAAAUUCUGCCAAAUUUGCAAACUGAGAACACUGCAAAGUUUUCUGUAUGUAACUCUGAUGGUGGUGGAUUUUAAUACGCAAAAAAGUAGCAAAAUGUUUCAACAAAGUGUGCAUGUUAUUUUUGUACAAUAUCACUUUUAAAUAUGGCAUAGCAUUAUGCUUUUCUCGUGCUGAGGUACCAGAGACGGUGGAUAACAUGCGUAACUAUUGAAGCAGACUCUCGGCUGCUCUGUGUUGAAGAUGGAACGAGAUCCAGAUAAACGUCCGAAGGUUCUUCUGGCUUCGGUUCAGCGCUCGGUUUAGAGGACGACAGUUUGCUGAUCGAGUCACUGAACUCGUGCGUCUCACCUUCUCUUGUAUAUACUUUACAUAUAACACAUUCACAUAGACUUGCAGUCCAACCAAAAUUUGGGGACCGCUACGAUUGGAGUGUUUUUGUUUUUCAGUUAAUUUUCUUGUUUUCUAGCUUUCUGUGUAACAAGUGAAACGAAGGAAGCUUUCCCAACGCUCGCCCCCCUUUUUUUGCCAAGUUGAUUUCUGUGGAUGCAAGACAAUCACAGACCAAAUCUUAUUGCUGGUUUGUUGACUGAACACAUUGUUUUGGUUUGAUGAAGGAUGUUUGCUCUCACCCACCCCCCCCACCACCCUCCAUAGCCCCUAGGUGCUAGACUUUUGUCCAUCUCACUGAAAAGCUUCUGUGAACUGUUUGAUGUGCAUCACUCUAUUUGUCAAAUCUUGUAUCAUGAAAUUUCUGAGAAUGUUCUUUCGACUCUAAAUGAUUGGGGUUAGGCUUGAGUAAUUAUUUUUGGGAGUCUCUCUUUAAUGUAUUUAAGAUGAAACGCAGGAUAACCUUUUUUGAAUGUCUUGAACUGUCUGAUGGAGAUGUGUCCGAUGCUGUGUGGAAAUGACGUGUAUUCUUUAUAAUACAUAUUUCUCUGAUGA